GCAGCGGCGGCGGCGGCUACAGCAGCAGCAGCAGCAGCAGCCCCAGCCUUGCGGCGCGGCCGGAUCUGCCUGGAGCGCACCACAAAGCCGGCCCUUCGCCUUUUCCUCACCAACGGCUCUCGAGCGCUCGACUACGCGGCCAACUUCGCCUGGCGGGGCUGGGCGGCUGGCGGGGAAGGAAGGCGGCGGCGGCGGCAGUGGCGGCGGCAGAACGAACGCCGGGGCUGCCCGUUCGCGUGGCCCGCGCACUCACCCUCGGCCCCCGCGCGCCGGGUCUCGGGUGGGGGGGGGUGGCCGUGCUGACAUUCGGGCCACCAGGAAUUGUCCGGAAAUAAUGCAAAAAGUGUCCCAAGGCUCUUGACCAGUGACCAAAGAUUUGAGAAAGACAACCAAGCUCAUGUUUUCUCCUGAUCAAGAAAAUCAUCCUUCCAAAGCACCAGUAAAAUAUGGAGAACUCAUUGUCCUAGGGUAUAAUGGGUCUCUCCCAAAUGGCGAUAGAGGAAGAAGGAAAAGUAGGUUUGCUUUGUUUAAAAGACCUAAGGCAAAUGGGGUGAAGCCCAGCACUGUGCAUAUUGCAUGUACUCCUCAGGCCGCAAAGGCAAUAAGCAACAAGGAUCAGCAUAGUAUAUCAUAUACUUUGUCUCGGGCCCAGACAGUUGUGGUUGAAUACACUCAUGACAGCAACACAGAUAUGUUUCAGAUUGGUCGGUCGACUGAAAGCCCUAUUGAUUUCGUAGUAACCGACACAGUUCCUGGAAGUCAAAGUAAUUCUGAUACACAGUCAGUUCAGAGCACUAUAUCAAGAUUUGCCUGUAGAAUCAUAUGUGAACGGAAUCCUCCCUAUACAGCACGGAUUUAUGCUGCAGGAUUUGAUUCAUCAAAAAAUAUCUUUCUUGGGGAGAAAGCUGCCAAGUGGAAGACAUCUGAUGGGCAGAUGGAUGGCUUGACCACUAAUGGUGUUCUUGUGAUGCAUCCACGCAAUGGGUUCACCGAAGACUCCAAGCCUGGAAUAUGGAGAGAAAUAUCAGUGUGUGGAAAUGUAUUUAGCCUGCGUGAAACCCGGUCAGCUCAGCAGAGAGGGAAAAUGGUGGAAAUUGAAACCAAUCAGUUACAAGAUGGCUCACUUAUUGAUCUCUGUGGUGCAACAUUGCUGUGGCGUACUGCAGAAGGCCUUUCCCACACCCCAACUGUGAAGCAUUUAGAAGCUUUAAGACAGGAAAUCAAUGCAGCAAGACCUCAGUGCCCUGUAGGGUUCAACACACUAGCCUUUCCUAGUAUGAAGAGGAAAGAUGUUGUAGAUGAAAAACAACCAUGGGUCUAUCUAAACUGCGGCCAUGUACAUGGCUAUCAUAACUGGGGAAACAAAGAAGAACGUGAUGGAAAAGAUCGUGAAUGUCCUAUGUGUAGGUCUGUUGGUCCCUAUGUCCCUCUGUGGCUUGGAUGUGAAGCUGGAUUUUAUGUGGACGCCGGCCCUCCAACCCAUGCGUUUAGCCCCUGUGGGCAUGUGUGUUCAGAAAAGACAACGGCCUAUUGGUCCCAGAUCCCACUUCCUCAUGGUACUCACACUUUUCAUGCAGCCUGUCCCUUUUGUGCACAUCAGUUGGCUGGUGAACAAGGCUACAUCAGACUUAUUUUCCAAGGACCUCUAGACUAACAGUUGUCCUCCAGGACUACAUUAUAAAUUUAUAAGCUAAGUGAGUUGGGUUUUUCAACCUGUUGUCCACAUCAGUUUCUCUGCUCUGGUCAUUUGCAUUAAGAUGAAGAAUUUUUUUAAACAUUUAUAAUAAAUAGUAGCAAUUUCUGAGCAAAAAUCUGGGAAACUCAAGCAAAGGGAUUUUUGAAAGUACCAGACUUCUGAAUUCUGAGUUUUGAAAAUAUAUUUUGAGGAAAAAAGACAUAGUCUAAUUUGAUGCCUUCAUUUUAGUGUUUUGAAUCACCCAUCCUCAGUGUUGAGAAAUUGUUUUGUAUAACUGAGGGUACUGUUGGUUCAAACUAUGUUAGUUUACAGUUUGUUGCAAACAUUGUAAAAUAUAGCAACAUGUAUAUUAACUUUUUUCUAUUUAUCUUUAUGAUAGAAAGUAUAUUAGAAUGUUUUUGGUAGAGUAGCAUGGUAAUGAUGGUGUCACACUCUCAGUGUGAAUGGUAGUGUAGUGAGCACAUAGCUCAAGGAUUUGCAAAGCUAAGGACAAGAGAGCCUCUCUCCUCACCCUGUUAAAUAUGGAAUUUGGUGAAUUAAAAUACUUUGUAAUACUGAAUUCAUAUUAAUUACCAUUGUCUAAAAGGUAUUUGUUUUUAACACAAUGAAGUUAAUCAGGAAGAUUUUUUUCCUUAAUGUUUCUCUCAAGUGUAGUACUAUAACAAAAACUUAAUGCUAAAAACAUUUUAUAUACUCCUUUGAAUAUGCAAUCUAAUCUAGAUUAUCUAUUUUUCUCCCAUGAUGACUAAUCUGUUUUUAGUAUCAGCAACAUUUGGCAAGUUUAUUUUUUGGAUAUAAACUAUGGUUCUCAUCUGUUCACUGUUUCUAGAAAAAAAAAACCAUUUCUAUGGUAAAAAAGCAUCAAAUAAGGAAAGAUAGUGAAUAUUUGUUUUUAGAAACAGAAAUGCUUAGUUAAUUCUAUAUUUGGCUUUAUCCAGGCAUUAGAAAAUAUAGAGACAUAAAGGGUUGGAUGACAAUAGAGCCAUCCCUCCCCCCAUUAAAGCAGACCAGCCUUAACUGUGGAAUUGAAUCCUAAGGAAAGUUGCUGUGGUAUGAUUUAAAUGAGUGCUUAGUGCUUGGUUGUCAGAUGAGCAUCAGUGACAGCAAAGGGAAGGAACAAACUUGCAAGGUCUGUUUAUUCUUGAACCCCAGGAUAUCCUUUGCUUUCAGAAGCAAGAAAAUGUUUCUGUUCCUCUCCAACCUUUUUUAAAAUGCUCCACAAGAAGAGACAGUUGCACUACAUCAGACCCUUUCGAUACUUGUAGAAAUCAGUACACUUUUAGAUUAGACAAAUCAUUUUUAGUUUUAGUCUUUUGAUUUCCUUUAGUUUGAAAAACUGUAUCAUACUUAAUUGACUAUAGCAAAAUUUUGUAUGGUAGCAUAACUUUAUUCUAUUACAUCACUUUUUUUUCUUUCUUUAAAAAAAAUUGUUGCUUAGAAGCCAUGAACUAUUUUAUUUUACUGUGUCAAAAUUCCUUGUUUGAAAAAAAUGAUCAUUUGGGUUCACUCAGGAAAUGCAUGUCAGGAAACUUGUACUAUAAGUUUAUUAGUUGUGAUGUAUCAGUAACUGCUGUUACCCUUUUCAAAGAAAUAUAAUUGAUUUUGAAGUUUUUUAGAUUGUCACAUGAUUUGUGACUAAUGCAAGGAAAUUAAGUCCUGUGUUGUGUUUGUUCUAGUCAUUUCUAUUCAGGCUAUAUAUUGUAGCUUAAUUUUUAUUUGCAAUUAAUUUAUUCAAACUAAGUAAAUACUUUUCAAAAUAGAUAUUUGAAUUUGCCUCUGUGAGUUCCUUUUUGCAUAACUGAGAAUGGGAAACCAGAAGUGAAAACUACACUUUAAAAUAUCCAUUUACAUUACACAAGAAGUUUGUACUUAAUGUCACACUUUCAUCUAUCUAUCUUUGGAAAUCAUCUCAUUAAUAAAAGAAGUUGUUAGGAGCUCAAUAUUAUAGGACCUUUUUUAGAGAGUUGGUUCUUUACAGAUUGCAUACAAGGCUAUUUAAGUAGUGUCUCCAAAAGCACCAUCAAGAAAGGUAAUUUUUAUGGCUUAACUCUUAUCAAAGCCAUCUUCAUAUAUACAAGUUCCUUAAUUUGUAUAGGGAAUUCAAUUCCCUCUCAUCUACAAUAUUAGUCAUAAAACAUAACAACAUGAAGGACAAACACUGAGACAUAGGAAUCCUUUACCAAGUUACCCUCUUCAAGCUGCAAUUGCUUACUUCACUCAAAAAAAAAAAGUCCCCUGGUUUAUGUAAAGCAGGGUAGGAAUAACUCAUUCUGAUACAGAUGUAUAAUUAAAUCUAGCAUUUGAGUACUCCACUUUUUUUCUUCAAGAUAUCUCAAGAACCUUGAGUGAUGCAGGAUCUGACACAUACUGAGAAUAUCAGUGAAAAACUGUCCUCCGUUAUUCCUUUAUAAGAUAAGCAAUUCUAACAUUGUCUCUUCAAAUUGUCAUAUUUGGCAACAUAGAAUACAUUCCUUUCUCUUUAUGCUGUAAGUAUUAACCUUGCAACAAGUCAGAUCAUAACAUACUUCUUUUAUACAAUCUCACACCACACCUGCACUUUCAGAAUUAUUCAUAUAAGUGCCUCGUCCUCAAAUGUUACCUACUGAUUCUUCUUGUAGCUUGUACAAAUCCCUGGUGUGCACCAAACCAUUCUAAGCACUGGGUAAUCCAGCAGUACAAAAACAUCCUUGCCCUCAUGGAAUUUGUAUUCUAAUCGGGAAGAGAGAAGUGUGCAAAGCAAAGGAAAGUGGUAGAGUGCAAGGCCUUGGGUUCAAUUCCCAGCACCAAAAGUAAAGCAAAAAGACUGCUUAGUCACCCACAGCAACUGGAAGGCUAGAGUUGCCAGUUAUUGAAAUAGACAUCGUGGAAAGAACAGAGAUGGGUGUACUGGUGGACCAUAACUUGGAUAUCACACCAAGAGUCCUAUGUCAGACAAGAUUUUUGCCAAAAGCAGGAUGAUCUUGCUUUUUUGUUAUUUGGCUUUCAAGUUUCUGUCUGAGGAAGUUGUGUUUUCAACUGCAGUUAACUUCCUUUAGCCAAAAUAUUUUCACAGUAUUUCUUCCUCUGUACCCAAGUACACUUUUUAAUUCAGCUCCUACUUUUAAAAAUUAAUAAUCCUCAGUUUUCUUGAAUGUUAAUCAUUUGCUGUUUCAAAUUCUUCUUAAUAGUGAUAACUCUGCUAGGUCAAGGGAUGCUUUUCCUUUACAUUUUUAAAAUAUUAAAAUGCUUAUGAAAAACA